ACGAAUUACGAGUCAUAAACAACCCCUAUAAGUUUAACAUAGUGAACCCUCUUACGUCUAAUUUUCCCCCCUUCGGAACUUUUUCACCAGUAAGCUGCGACGCUCCACCCCUCCCUCUCUCUCACCUCCAUUGAAACGCGCUCUGAAUCUCCAUUGAAGCGGUUUGAUAGCUCUCUCCUCCAUUGAUUAAGCUUCUGAGGGUUUUUGGUGACUAAUCGGACUCCGUUGAGUAGAAGCUGGUGGUAUAAAUUCAAUAAAAUAACAUAACUCAACCCAAUGCCUAGGUAUUAUUGUGAUUACUGCGACACUUACUUGACACAUGAUUCUCCAUCUGUCAGGAAGCAACAUAAUGCAGGUUAUAAGCAUAAGGCAAAUGUACGGAUAUACUAUCAACAAUUUGAGGAGCAACAAACGCAAAGUUUGAUUGAUCAGAGAAUCAAGGAGCAUCUUAGUGGCCAAGGUGCUUUUCAAAUUGGUGCUGCCUAUGCAGCAUGGAGACCUGGUGUUAGACCACCUAUUCUUCCUGCACCAUUGCCGAUUCCAGGUUCCCUGCCUCCCAAUGCUCAAAUGGCUCCAGGGAUCAGGCUACCUGUUUUUCCUAGACCUCCUGGUUUUCCGGUUUAUGGGGCACCUCCAGGACAAGUUGUGGGACAACCAGGUGCUCCUGGUGCACCAGUGCAAGCAAAUGGUCCACCUGGGCCACCUCCUUUGAAUACCUCAACAUCAGUACCAGGAGCAACGCCUCCUGUUACUAAUGGUGGUGCUCCAACUGCAUCACAGCCUGGGUUCCAGGGUGCUCCUGCUGGCGGGAGCUUUGGAGGGACAAAUAUGCCUGCUGUCUCUAGCUUUCCUUCUGCUGGUGGAAAUGUUUCUUAUCCUGCAACUUCAGGUGCUGACGGAUUUACUUAUGGUCAAGCCCCGAACAACAGUCUUCAAUCUAACUGAAAUGGACAUUGGAUUCAGGAUGAGAUGUAUUUAUACCUCAAGGUUGUAGAUGCCGGGCUCCUGUGUGUUUUUUUUUUUUUUUUUUUUUGUUUUGAACUCUUUUAACAUAUGGAGAUUAGGGAGCAUCGAUAUAUUACUCGUACUUGUUAACAUGAGGAGGUGUGGAGGAAUUGGCUGGAUAUUGUCGUAUAGCUUUGCGCCCUUGUCUUCUAAUCAAUUUGCUGUGACAUGUAAAACAUAUGGAGUAGCUAGAGCAAUUAAUAUGUUUUGGUCCUUUCUACCAUAUUGAUGUGCUAGUGUGCUUUGAAAUAUGCAAAUUGUCAAGGCGUAAUCAGCUGAAAAUUACCAGUUUCACAUUUGUAGCUUGUGGCAUAACAAUUAUGGAAAGUAUUAGACAAUUAUGUUUCA